UGCGGCUCCUGGGAAGCAGCUGGCAUGUCCUCACUCCGGCUCCUACGCAUAGGGGCAGCCAGUGGGCUCCGCACGUUGCCCCCCGCCCCAAGCACCGCCCUCCCACACUUCGAACUCCCCAGCCCAGAGCCCCUUCCUGCACCCCAAAUCCCUCAUCCCCAGCCCCACAUCAGAGCCUGGCAUUCCCAGCCGGAGCCUGGCACCCCCUGCCUCCCAACCCCCUGCCCCAGCUCGGAGCCCACUCCUCCACCCUGAACCCCUCAUUUCUGGCCCCACCCCUGAACCCACACCCCCAGCCCAGAGCCCGUAUCUUCUCCCACACCCCAACCCUCUGCCUCAGUCCGGAGCCCCCUCCUGCAUCCCAAACCCCUCAUCCCUGGCCCCACCUCAAGCCCGCACCCCCAGCCCGAGCUCUUGCCCACUCUCGCAUCCCAACCCAUUGCCUCAGCCUGGAGCCCCCUCCCUCACUCAGAACUCCUCAUAUCUGUCACCACCCUGGAGCCUGCACCCCCAGCCGGAACCUGCACUCCAGCCCCCGGAGCCAGCCCGGUGAAAAUGAGCAAGCAGCCAUGGCAGCCCCGGAUCCUGUGGAGUGUUUGCAAAAAGAAGUUUCUUGUUCCAUCUGUCUGGAUUAUUUUACUGACCCGGUGUCUAUCGAUUGUGGGCACAACUUCUGCCGCGAUUGCAUCAGGCAGUGCUCGAAGAAAUCAGAGGCCAAACUCUCCUGCCCUCAGUGCAGAGGCACGGCCCUGAAGAGAAAAUUCAGGCCCAGCCGGGAGUUAGCAAAUGUGGCCGAAAUAGCCAAACGGCUGAGUUGCCAGGCUGCCCAAGGGGCUGGAAGGGAGAGGGUGUGUGAGACCCACCAGGAAGGUCUGAAACUGUUCUGUGAGGAAGAUCAAAGCCCCAUCUGUCUGAUCUGCAGAGAGUCCCGCGCUCACAGAUUUCACACUGUGGCUCCCAUAGAGGAAGCUAUCCAGGACUACAAGGAACAAAUCCAGAUGCAAUUGCAGACUCUGAAAGAAGAGAGAAGAAAGCUCCUGGGGUUUAAAGUGACUGGAGAGAGGAGAAGCCAGGAAUAUCUGGAACAGACGAAAACCCAGAGGUGCAAGAUCGUGUCGGAAUUUGAGCAGCUGCGCCAUCUACUGGAGGAACAAGAGCGGCUCCUGCUGGCCCAGCUGGGAGAGCUGGAGAAGGAGAUUGUGAACUGGCAGAAUGGGAGUGUCGCCAAACUCUCGGAGGAGAUUUCCCAUCUCAGUGAGCUGAUCAGUGAGUUAGAGAAGAAGUAUCAGCAGCCAGUGAGUGAAUUCCUGCAGGACAUCAGAAGCACCUUGAUCAGGUGCAAGGUGGGGGACUUCCAGCAGCCACUGGAGAUUUUUCCAGACGUGGAAAAGAGACUCAGCAAUUUCUCUCAAAAAAAUAUUGUUCUGAAGGAGACACUGAGGAAAUUCAAAGAUUCUCUGCCGUCUGAAUUGGAGGUGGAAUGGGGAGUGUCCCAGCCAGGCCGGGGCUGCUGGGGAGUGUCAGAAAUGGUCCCAGCCUCCCCCAGGGCUGAGCUCUGCCCCUCAGGCUCUGAUUCUCUCUCCCCCGCAGUGAAUGUGACUCUGGAUCCGGACACGGCGAAUCCCCACCUCGUCCUGACCGAGGAUCGGAAAAGUGUGCGGUGGGAGGACACGCCUCAGGAUCUGCCCAACAAUCCUGAGAGAUUUGAUACGUACUGCUGCGUGCUGGGCCGGGAGGGAUUCACCUCGGGGAGGAACGACUGGGAAGUGCACCUGGGGCAGCAGGGAUUCUGGACUGUCGGGAUCGCCCGAGAAUCUGUGUGGAGAAAGGGAUGGAUCAGUCUGGACCCCACCCAGGGGAUCUGGGCUGUGGGGCUCUGUGGGGGACAGUACCGGGCUUACCCCGACACCCUGCUUCCUCUGAGUAGGAGGCCUGGGAAGAUCCGAGUUUCUCUGGACUAUGAAAGGGGGCAGGUGGCUUUUUUUGAUGUUGAUAACGAGGCCCCGAUCUUCACUUUCCAUCCUGCCUCUUUCAAUGGGGAGAGAAUCCUCCCUUUCUUCUGGGUCUGGGAAUCCCAGCUCACGCUGUGUCCCUGAGCUAUGGGCUAGUCUAUCCCAGUGUGGACCAUGAACCGGGCUCCUCUGGCCUCUGACAAGCCCAGCUCUAUGAUCCUGGAAACUGACGUGUAUUUCUGAGGUGUCAAAACCAGGAAGAGAGUGAAGCGGUCGGGCUAGAGAAGCAAUGGGCAUGGCCUAGCCUGUGUGUCUUCAUCCUCCGUUCUUGGGGAGGACUGUAGGUGUCGGAAGGGUGAGCAAAUUAGAAAUUCUGUAGCAAGUUCUCUGGAUUUUGUAGCCCCUGGGCAAAAUUUCAUGGGAGCUCCAGCUAGUUGUUUCCUAUGGAGUAUUUGACUUGAAGUGAAAUGGGGUAUUUAUUUUGGCACUGAAUUGGGUUUAUUUUACUCUGUUCCCACACGGUCAGUUUCCGGGCUCCCAUUCCUGUGUUUAUUGACAGUGUUGGGAGAAGGAGAAUCUGAAGGCUUUGGCUGCUGGUUCGUACUAAUAGGGCCUUUAAGGACGUUUGGGACUGUGGAUGUUUCUGCUAAAAGCGAUUGGCAGUCAAAGGGUUAACAAUGUCGACGAAUGAAAUCGCCCUCUUUAGGUUUCAGAGUUAAACCCGUUGACUUCAAUGAUGUACUCCACAUUUCUCAAGGCUGUGUGGUAAGAAUGGGUGAGGGACAACAAGAUGGGUCCUGAAGGAUGGACCUGGAAAGAGAUGGAGAAAAUGUUAUGGACUUUUAUAGUGUUAUUGUUUUAGCAAGUGGAUUCUGUGUCUUUAUGAUCCACCAGAUGAUUGUAUUAAAGUGUCUUGAUCG